ACAACAAUUUAAUUAAUAAAAUUAAAUUGCAUUUAUGAUGAUGGUUGUAUUUUUGUUAUGGUUUAAUUUCUUUGGCGUAGCGUGGUAUUUUCUGAGUGAUGUGUCCCCUUUGAGAAACUGUGAUGCGGAAGGAUACUAGAUCACGUGAUCUUUGAUAGCGUCACUCUCUCAGAAAAUUCCCGCAGGUCAAAAGGUAGGCGCCAUCUUAAUAUUGAUUUAUUUACGUUUGCCAAGUUUGUUUACCUUCCGGGUCACAACCUUUUUGCUCGGUCAUGCAUGUGAAGGUGUUAGUGAUGGGCCAUAGUUAUAUUAGAAGGCUCGGGGAGGCGGUGAACGGUUCUAAUUCAAACUGGACUAAUCUUCGUUUGUCGGACGAUGAUGUUUUGGUUUCAUUUAAAGGCAAGGGAGGCGGCAAGGUGCGCGAUAUGGUAUCAGGGGAAUUUUCAAGAGUUGUAACACACGUCAAACCUGAUAUUGUUGUUCUGCAAAUAGGCGGAAAUGAUUUGGACAAUACCAAUGUGGUCCCGGCAAAAAUAGCACAGGACAUUAUGUCGGUGGCUGGCUGGCUAGUGUCUGGACAUGCCGUCCGCCAUGUUUGUAUUAUGCAGCUUUUGCCCCGAGAAAGGACAAGGCAGUUAUCGCCAAGUCGGUAUAAUGAGUUGGUUCGUCAAGUGAAUCGGGAGUUGAAGGACGUUAUAUCACGGAUACCUCAUAUAUCUUACCACAAGCACAAGGGACUAAAGGCCAGUAUAAAUAACGUGUUUCUGCCAGAUGGGGUGCAUUUGAACAAUUCCUGUGGGCUACCUAAAUAUAUCAGGAGUGUUCGGGGAGCGGUUCUCUCAUCAUAUCGGAGAAUUUCCAAUUAGAUCAACCACGAUAUGGAGAAUAACCAUGCCACCUACACGACCAUCUAGAAAGGCCAAGGAACGGCAUGCAUUGGUACGUCCUGGUAGGAGACAAAGAGCAACAAACAUCAGCGAAGAUAUUGAGGAACAGGUGACGAUUGUGGGGAAUUCGCCUAACCAAGACACAGCAUCAGCCUCCAGUGCCUUAAUAGCACUGCCACCAUCACCAGCCAUUCCUGGGGUGUCAGAAUUGGCUGCUGAAAUGCUUAGACAGAUGAAGGCAGAUGGACUGAUAAUGAGGUCAGCAAAUCUGAUGGGGCCAACUGUGCCCGUACCUGCCACAUCUACUGCCCCUCAAACCCAUACAACGCCUCAAGCCACCAUGAGUCAUUCCUCCACAGCAAGGGAAGGUCUUACCUCAGUGGAACGGCCAGAACAGGUCGGAGUAGCCAUCUCUGAUGUAAACUCCAGCACAUUUGCCACAGAAGCCAUCAGUUCCCUGACAGGUACACCAGCUCUAAAUAGCAACAAUUUUUCAAUGAACUCGAUCUCCCGCCCUCUUGAUGUGAAUGUUGAUAUACGUUUAAAACAAAAAAUUUGGGCUGAGCAAUUUGUUGAGUUUGGGGCCUUAGUUCAGGUUAAGCAUAAUGAGACUUAUGAGCUCACUAUGGAGGCAAAUAAUUUGGCUUUGGUCCCAAAAUCACGCCCAGUCCCUAUUCGAACAAUGGAUCAAUGGAAUGCAGCAUUCCAAGUUUUUGUUACAAUAGUGGUACAAGGUAAGCCGGAAUUGGCAGCUCCUUUAAUGAAAUAUGCACAUAUUGUGCAACAUAUUGCUAAGAAGGCGGGAGAUCAAGCAGCUAUUGUGUAUGAUAGCAACUUUAGAAAGUGGAGACAGGCAAACCCUCAUCUAUUACCAUAUGAGCAGGCUAAUACUGAGUUGUAUUUAGAGGCAAUGACUUCACAGGCAGCUUUUGGGGCUCGAUCCAACAAGGGGUACACAAAAAGCCAGAAUCAGUCUCAGUCGGGGUCCUCAACACAACAGCAUAUGGUCUGUUAUGCCUUUCAGAAGAAAGGCUCAUGUAAUAGAGCCAAUUGCUGGUUUAAACAUGCAUGUAGGGACUGUGGAGGAAAUCAUUCCUUUCGGAAGUGUCAGCAACACACAAACAAAGGUGACUCCACCACAUCAACCAACCAAUCACCUACCAACAGCUCUGGGGGAAAACCCAAAUCAACUCACAAUAAGUAAUAUCACACCAGUUAAAUUUGAUCGGUUAGCACUGUAUUUGCAGGGUUAUCCAAAAGAUGCGUUUCAAUUUUUAGAACAUGGAUUCGCAGAAGGGUUUGCAAUUGGGUUUCAAGGUCCCAGGAGGCAUCGGUUAAGUCAGAAUUUACAGUCAGUUAAAGAACAUCCUGACAUUUUAAGGAAAAAACUUCAAGCAGAAAUUUCGCUUAAUAGAAUUGCAGGCCCCUUUAAAAAAUUACCAUUUCCGGCCCUUCAAAUAUCUCCACUAGGUUUAGUACCUAAAAAGGAAGAAGGAGAGUUUCGACUUAUUCAUCAUUUAUCGUUUCCUUCAGGUGAGUCAAUAAACGAUGGCAUUAGGGAUGAGCAAAAAACAGUCCAAUACGAAACUUUGGAUCAUGCAAUACGGUUCAUUAAUCAGUGUGGAAAAGACGCUUUGUUGGCAAAAUCCGACCUUGAGUCAGCUUUCAGGCUAGUCCCUGUUAAUCCUAGAGAUUAUGAAUUGUUAGGUAUGUUGUUUGAAGGCCUUUAUUAUUAUGAUAGGUGCUUACCGAUGGGUUGCGCUAUAUCGUGUCAGCUAUUUGAAAAAGUAAGCUUUGCCCUCCACUGGGUGAUGAAUAAUUAUUUUAAAUCUCCUAGAGUGGUACAUGUGCUAGAUGAUUUUUUGUUUAUUGGGCAACCUUCUUCGACAGAAUGUCGACAGGCGCUGGAUAGUUUUUUACUCUUAUGCCAACAGGUCGGGGUUCCAAUUAAACAAUCCAAAACAGUUCAGCCCACUACAUGUCUUACAUUUUUAGGCAUCGAACUUGAUACCCAUUUAAUGUUAGCAAGACUACCAGUGGAUAAAGUGGAUAAAAUCAGAGCCUUAUUGCAGCAUUUCAUCACUAAACCUAAGGCAACACUUCAGGAAUUACAAUCUUUGAUUGGUUUAUUAAAUUUUGCAUGUAGGGUUAUCAUUCCAGGUAGAACUUUUCUGCGCAGGAUAAUCAAUCUGACACUGGGUCUUUCUAAACCACACCAUCAUGUACGGUUAACAAAGGAAGCUAAAGCUGAUAUGCAGAUGUGGUUAAUGUUCAUGCAACAUUUCAACAACUGCACCUUCUUCUUACCUAAUCGGUGGGAUACCUCAGAUGUGCUCCAUUUGUUUACUGAUGCGAGUAAUUUAGGUUACGGGGGUUUGCUUGGUACUAAGUGGUUUUAUGGGCAAUGGGAUAAUGCAUUACAAUUGCACCACAUUAAUAUCAAAGAACUGUUUCCCAUUACCAUUGCUUUGGAACAUUGGGGACCCCAACUUCGUAACAAGUCCAUAUUAUUUUUCUCUGACAAUGAAACUGUUGUAGCUAUCAUUAACAAACAAACCUCUCCCAAUCAUGUGAUGAUGAUUCUAGUCCGGCGUCUGGUUCUGGCUUCCCUUAGGUUUAAUAUUCAAUUUAAAGCUAAGCAUAUACCAGGAAAACACAAUGACUUAGCUGACGCCCUGUCUCGUUUGCAGGUCCAACAAUUUCGGCGCUCAGCUCCCAACAUGGACACCGAUCCGACCCCAAUUCCGGAACAACUAUUACUAAUUUAAGUGCAAGAGUACAUCAGCUCAUUGAUGCGGCAUUAUCAAAAGGCUCAAAACAGUUAUAUAGAAGAGCCUUCACAUUGUAUUCUCAGUUUGUCGUUGAUCAACUGCAUGUGGAAUGCUGUCUGCCCAUAAGCGUUCAUUAUCUAGCUUUAUUCAUCGCUAGUUUAGUUGACACAGGUUUGGCAUCAUCAACCAUUCACAGUUACAUAUCAGCAAUUUCCUAUAUUCACAAAUUAGGCGGUUUUUCAGAUCCUACACAGUCUUUUCUUAUACGAAAAAUGCUAGUGGGUUUGCAUAA